UGUGAACGUCACAGUUGCCGAUGACUAAAUCUAACAAAUUGAUUGUCGUCAUGACGACGGUCGCAUGUAAAUUGUGACCAAUAAACAAACUUCCCGUAUCAUAUUUAUUUGCGGCUUUUAAUCAUUAAACGUUGAUGGUUGUCUGUAGAUAUUAUUAAGUUUUUUCUUUUAAUUUGAGAGUGCGUUUACAUCCGAAGAGAUAAGACAGACUCUAACGUCACAAUGACAAAUAUCUUUUAACAAGUCAUGGUCUGUACUGAAGUUCUACUAUUUUGUUUGUUGUAAGAGGGAUAAGAUGGCCCAAUCGAAAGAUAAAAUGAGCGAAAUCGACGAGCACAUCAUGAAGAGAUUCGAUAUACAAAAAAGAUUAGGGAAAGGAGCGUACGGAAUCGUAUGGAAAGCGAUCGAUAGAAAAACUAGGGACGUGGUUGCGAUUAAAAAAAUAUUCGACGCAUUCCGUAAUCAGACAGACGCCCAAAGGACUUACAGGGAGAUUAUGUUUUUGCAGUCGUUCAAAAAUCAUCCCAAUAUAGUUAAAUUGCACAGUGUCCACAGAGCUCUAAACAACAGAGACAUCUAUUUAGGUUUCGAGUAUAUGGAAACUGAUUUACAUAAUGUAAUUAAAAGAAAAACUAUAUUGAAAGACGUCCACAAGAGGUAUAUCGUCUAUCAGUUGCUCAAAGCCAUCAAAUAUAUUCAUUCCGGAAAUGUUAUACAUCGAGAUAUGAAACCCAGUAACGUUCUUUUGGAUAGUCUAUGUAGCCGAUUCUGUAGGUGUAAGAUAGCCGAUUUUGGUCUGGCGAGAUCUUUAUCUCAAGGAUCGGAGGGUUCUGUCAACGGUUCAGACGGAGAUCCAACACUGACUGACUACGUGGCAACGAGGUGGUAUAGAGCACCGGAAAUUCUAAUCGCAAAUAGAAGAUACACAAAAGGCAUAGAUUUAUGGAGUAUUGGCUGUAUACUAGCUGAAAUGUCAUUGGGAAAACCGAUAUUUCCCGGCACUUCGACUGUCAAUCAAGUAGAAAAAAUAAUGGCUACCAUCCCAACUCCCAGUCAGGAAGAUAUUAAUCAGGUGUGCAUCUCUGGAAUCGGUUCAUCGAUGAUAAAAAACGCCUCGGCGGUGCAAAAAAUUCCCCUGGCGUCCAUUUUAGGCGCCGGGGUACCAUCAGACGCCAUCGAUUUGAUCAACAGAUUAUUAGUUUUCAAUCCUCACGACAGAUUAACCGCCGAAGAAGCUCUAGAACACGCCUACGUUGCCAGAUUUCGUAAUCCCGAUCAGGAAGUGUCAUUGGAAAUGUCUGUCAUUGUACCUUUAAACGACGACAUUCGAUUGUCAGUUGAUGAUUACCGGAACAAGUUAUACGAGUUAAUGGCCGCCCACAACCAGAGGCAAUCAAAAGCCGGUUUAUUGGUCAAGCAAAAAAGUUUAGUGCCACAAGUUUAUUCUAGAGUGUCAAAAAAUACGGAGAAUUAUUUUAAGCAUCACAUGAGUGUUCACGAUAAAUCUUACAAUUCACAAUCGGAAUCAAAGAUGUCUGACAAGAAAAGUCAAUGGGUACACACGACAAAUAUAAAAUCAGAUUCCAAAGUCGUCAAGAAACCAACGAAUUCUGUGACUAUACAUAAAGGAGAUGUUAUAAAAGCUAGUGGAGAUUAUCGAUCUAAUGUAAAAAAGUCGGUAGCGGAUGUCGGUAAAAGGAGACUAGCACCUAAAACGAAUACAUUGAAUACUUUCACUCAUUUAGGGAAAAAUCAUGGAGUUAUUACUCAGAGUGCAUUGAUGGAGCUCAGAGCUGCCGGGCUGCGGUGAAACGGGGAAUUUUUCGAGUUUAUACACAGUAUUAAUUUACCACUUUUACUAUACAUGCAUUUUAUACCAUUUUGCACAUUGUGUAAUUUUUUUAUAUAAAGAAAAACAAAAAUUGAACACAA